AAAGUUUCCAUUCAGAUGUCACACCUCAGCUGGCAGAGAAUUUACAGUGGGGAAAACCCCUUUGCCUGUAAGCUAUGCUAUUUGAAAGUCUUCAGCCGCAAAUCAAACUUCACUGAGCAUGAGCAUUUUUACAUGAGAGAGAAACCUUUUGAAUGUAACAAGUGUGGAAAAGCCUUUAGCCAAAAGGAGUAUGUCAUUAAACAUCAGAACUCCCAUGCCGGUGAGAAGCUUUUUGAAUGUAUUGAAUGUGGAAAAUCCUUUAGCCAGAAGGAAAACCUCCUUAUGCACCAGAAAAUUCACACUGGAGAAAAAUCUUUUGAAUGUAAAGAUUGCAGGAAAGCUUUCAUUCAGAAGACAAACCUCAUCAGACACCAGAGAACUCACACAGGAGAGAAGCCCUUUGUAUGUAAGGAGUGUGGAAAAAUUAGUGGUAAAUCCAACCUUACUGAGCAUGACAAAAUGCAAAUUGGAGAGAAGACUUUUAAACGUAGUGAAUGUGGAACAACCUUUGUUUAGAAGAAGUACCUCAUACAACAUCAGAACCUUCACAGUGGAGAGAAACGCUAUGAAUGUAACGAAUGUGGAAAAGCCUUCUCUCAGCAAACAUCACUUAUUCUACAUGUGAGAAUUCAUCCAGGUGAUAAACCUCACAAAUACAAUGCCUGUGGAAAAGGCUUCUCUCAGAGCUCAGAGUCUCAGAGCUCAUCUCUCACAGUGCGUGUGAGAAGCCAUACAGGUGAGAAGCCCUAUGGUUGUAAUGAAUGUGGGAAAGCUUUCUCUCAGUUCUCAACCCUUGCUGUGCAUUUGAGAAUACACACAGGUAAGAAGCCUUAUCAGUGGAGCGGCUGUGGGAAAGCUUUCAGCAAGAAGUCACACAACAUUAGACACUAGAAAAUUCAUCCUCACUAA